AUGUCUGAAACAAGUGGAGCGCCAUCAUUCCGCAAUGCCGAGAUCUCCAAAGAUCGAUUCCAGCUCGGGAUCGCUCCACGACGGACAUCAUCAAUUGUGCCGUGGCCUAUUUCCCUAGUCACCUAUCGAGCGGAGAAUGACGAUAGCUUACCUAUGUUGGUGGAGUGGCGGAAUCCAGACCGGCAAUUCUUCGGGUCGACAAUCAGCAUCCCAGAACUUCGCUUACGUCGUGAUCAUGUCGUUGCAGUGCUACAAGCUACGAGCAAUCUCCCACGUGUCGCUAUGCCAACAUGCCGCGUGCUGGAUUGCAUUGGCUGGUUCACUUCGACGGGUCAGGAGAACGGAGAAAAGCUCGAGCUUGUUGGAUUUGCCUCACGACCCUCUUCCUGGGCUGACCCACGACGGCCUCAUGUGUCGCUUAAGCGGCUGCUCGAUCAGUCAAUAGAGAACGGCGGGAAAGACACACCCAGCCUUCGAAAACAAUUCAAGCUCGCGGCUGCGUUGGCACAGGCCAUUUAUCAGCUCCAAUGCAGCAACUGGCUUCACCGGGCUCUGAGCAGCGAACAACUUCUUUUCUUCUAUGAUUUGGAGUCAUUGGACUUGCGCCUUGGUGCGCCCUUCCUAGCGAGUUUGCUUUAUUCGCGCCCAGAUGACCAGAGAGUUGAUGACAAGGUUUUCGUGACCGUCUCCGAAGGGAAAAUCGUGGGUCGAGGGCCAUCGGACAGUUACAUACAUCCAGGACUGAUGAUGUCCCCAAGGCGAUAUCGCCGGUCGUGUGGCGUGUAUAGCCUCGGUGUCCUUCUGGAGAUCGCGCUCUGGGAGCCUGCUGCCGAGUAUUGUAAUUCGAGCGAUGGCCACUACAGACAACGAAUACAUGAGGCCGAGGUAUUUGCAAGUAGAGUCUUUGAAGCUGCGAAAGAUAAACUCGCGGCUGAGGUGGGCGAGUUCUAUCAAAGCGCCGUAAUUGCCUGGUUAAAAGGACUAAGGUCGCAGAGCAAUUCUAGAACACGGAAUGUGGAGAAUAACGAGGACGCUUACGACGGCAAGUAUAGGGGUGAGGAUCCUGAGUAUGGCUUAGAAAGCGACUUGCUAUGGAAGGUUGUUAGGCAGCUUGAGAAAUUGCGAGUAUAA